CAUUAGCACCAUGCUCCUGGGGAUCCUCGUGGUGCUCUGCUUCAUCCCCACUGCUGAUGUAACAGAAAACAAGAUUUUAGUGGCUCAGAGUCCUUUGCUCAAGGUUGAUAACAAGAGUGCAUCUCUAAUUUGCAACUACACGUACAAUGGAACAGGGGAGGAAUUUCGAGCUUCACUGCACAAAGGAACGGACAGUGCAAUUGAAGUUUGCUUUAUUUCAUGGAUUAAAAAAGUAGCAAAUAAAACUAGCGGUACUUCAACUAAAGAAUUCAACUGCCAGGGGGCUCAUGAUAAAGACAAAGUCAUCUUCCAUCUUCGGAACAUGAGUGCCAGCCAAACUGACAUCUACUUCUGCAAAAUUGAGGUCAUGUAUCCCCCCCCAUAUGUCUACAAUGAGAAGAGCAAUGGGACCGUCAUUCAUGUGCAAGAGACACCCAUCCAAAUAAAAGAGCCUCUGCCUGCAAUUCCUUUGUGGAUUAUGCCAACAGUGACUGGAGUUCUUGCUUUCUACAGCAUGCUAAUAACUGCAGUUUUUAUUAACUACUGGCAAAAAUCCAAAAAGAUUAUGUACCACCAGAGCGACUACAUGAACAUGACUCCCCGGCACCCACCAUACCAGAAGAACAAGGGCUACCCACCCUAUGCCCCAACACGAGACUACACCGCCUAUCGGUACUGGCAGCCGUAGGACCCACCAGCUGACCCACAGCAGCCUUAUAUGCUUCUAGGCAGCCACCUGCUCUUGGACAUGGAGGACAGCCUCUCCUUUUCUCAUUAUGUUUGUUGCUAUUGAUCAUGGACACCUACACCAUAGCAAAUAUUGGCUAAACUUUGAUAUACUAAAAGAAAGAAACAAACAACAAACAAACACAAAAAGGGGGAUGGGGGGAAGCAAAAAAAGAAUUGUUGUCCAUGAUGGCUGAAAAUGAGGCCCAACCCCAACUGAGGGUUGUCAAUGGGUAAGAUGAUGGCAUCAGACCUCAGAGCUGGUCUCUUCCUAACACUUGUGGUCUUGCUCAGCUGUUGGGAGAAGCAGAACUUCUGUUCUUUUCCAAUAAUUGCUGCCUUAGAUGUAACCCUUAAUCUCCUUUCCUGUAUGGCUAAUCCUCAGAAACCCUUGUUGCUGUUAAACCUGGCAAAAUGUAAAAAAAAAAAUUAUUUUCUUCUCUACAAGACCAGAACACAACUUGAAGUUCAAAACACAUGCUUGAAACAAAGAGAGAAAGGUCAGUCAGAAGGUAUCCAAGCUAUUAGGCUAUGGCACAAAUGAUCCACCAGGACAAAUCAAGCUGAUGCAAAACUAGUAAACCUUCAACAUGUGAGUCCUUAGGCUGGACACUUCAUAAACAUUCAUAAGGCCAUCUGCAGUCACGACCAAGCAACUUCACAGAGUGAGAAAGCAAUCAACCUGAACACAAAAUCAAGACAAGCAGGAGAGGAAGAAAGAUCUGUCUUUGGCAUGAAGAACCCCAUUUCUGGUUUGUUUGGCUACAGCAAAAGAACAUGAAGUCAUACAUGAAGCAUUAUAAGACACAGAAGUCAGAUUUUGAGAAGACUUUUACUUUCAUUUUUGAAGUUUUGUUUCUAUCCAAAAGGUGUUCUGCUGAGUGCUCCUGAAAAUUUAUGCACAUCUUCUGGCACCUAGGUUAUACCAGAGCUCUCUCAAAAAUCUGGGUCCACUUUUGGGAAACUAAAGAUCACUUGAAUUUUUUUUCCCAUAAGUACCCAAUUUUUGGGAUGUGAGAGGGUUCUUCAUUCCCAGUAUUGUGAAUUGGACCUGUAAGUGCUCAGGGUCUGCUCUGUGCACUUUGUGUUAUCUGGAGGUUACAUUUCUAUCUAAAGAUGUUCUUCAGGACUGCUACAUGCUGGAGUAGGAAAAUGUCUUCAGCAAAACCUGAUAAAUUCUUUCAAUUUAGCGUGUUUACAAUAACGGGACAUCCUAAAUUGUAAUUAGGAUUGUCUUGGCAUAAAAUCCUUUUUCAUACUGAGGAGACGAGGUUUAUUUUAUAGAGACUACUGAAUAAACAAUUAAAAAAAUCCAU